AUGGCGCACUUGAGCUUGUCUUCUGCUGAAGCAUGGGAAUACUCCAUUGGCUUGUUACACCCUGGGAUUCUGGACGGUGCCUUUCAGCUUUUGGUGUUGACCCACAGCACCUUGCAUCAAGAGGUACCAGAGACGGACACUCUCUUGCCUUUCAGUGUUGCCAACUGCGUCCUUGGGUCCCCAGCGGAGCUGACAGGAGAUUGCUGGGCCACAGUACAUGUCCAACGCCAUGCACAGGAUUUCGUGACGGGAAUUGUUGAGGUCUCCAAGGAUGGCUUGCUCAUCGCACGCCUCACUGGAGCAACCAUGCGCUGUCGAAAAACCAGGGUGCCAGUGGCGAAGCAAGAAGCGAAUCCUAUCGACGUGACUUUUGAGCUUUCAUGGGAUCCCUGGACACCACAGUCCUCUGAUCAAGGGCUGCUUCGGCCGAAGGCACUUCUAUGCUGCUCUGAGGAGAACGCGGGAUGGUUGCGACGAUCGCUAUUGUGGGACUCUGAAUGUUGUCAUCAGGUUGCUGAUUUGAGCACGAUUGGUGAGAGAUUGCGUGCUGAAGAGUUUGACAAGCUGGCUUUUCUAGCAGAAGACGAUCCCAUGGAAUCGCUGGUAAAGGCCCUGACAUUCUUGCAAGUCGUACACCAAGGGUUGCAAGAAGGUGCAACGCGAGUUGAACGUCUCACCGUGCUUCUGGUGACCCAAUGCACUCAGCCGCCUCAAUUGGACCUGAAAACUUAUGAUCCCCGUCACGCAGGGCUUUGGGGUCUCGCUCGAUCAGCACGCUUGGAGUGUGAUUUCCGAGUGGUCCUUCUGGAUUUAACAUGUGAGUACCAAUCAGACGACGCACAAUUAUCAUCCAAAGUGUUCAACGAAGAAGAGGAGGCUUGCAUGCGUGAGAAGGUUCAGUACGUCUCAAGGCUGCGCCGAAGUGAAUUACAGCCUACCUGGCCAAUUCAGAUGAGCCUGCCAAGUCGCGGAAGUCUUUCAGCCUUGACUGCGGAACCACAAGCUCGGAAUUACCGCAGUCCGUCCCACCCAGCACCCGCACCUUUGCUGCGUGUUGCAGCGGUGGGAUUAAACUUCAGGGAUGUCCUCAAUGUCAUGGGGCUGUAUCCGGGUGAUCCAGGCGAUCCUGGUCUUGACUGUAGCGGCAUCGUUGCUCAAUCUGAUGACCGGCUGCCAUUCGACCUUGGAGAGUCGGUUUUCGGCAUCUCUUUCGGCUGUUUGCGAAGCUAUGCGGACAUCAAGGAGCCCAAGCUCUUGGCCAAGCGGCCAUUGAAGUGGUCUUUCACAGAUGCGGCAGCAUUGCCGACGGUCUUCGCGACGGUCGACGAAGCAUUUCGAGAUGCAGAUCUGAAGGCCGGGCAGCGAGUGUUGGUGCAUGCAGGAGCAGGCGGGGUCGGCUUGACUGCUGUGCAAUAUGCUCUUCAACUUGGAGCUUUGGUUUAUGCCACUGCAGGGCGUCAGGAGAAGAAGCAGCAUUUGCUGCAGAUGGGUGUGAAGUUCGUGGCCAAUUCGCGGGACGGCAAGAUGUUUGAAGAAGAGCUCUGCAGCGAACUGGCAAACGGAGAGAAGAUGGACGUUGUGCUCAAUUCCCUGAGUCAUGAUAACUUUAUUGGACGCUCCUUAGCCUUCCUUCGCGAGGGUGGCACUUUUGUGGAGAUUGGAAAGCGGGGUAUUUGGACGCAGGAGCAGAUGCAGCAGCAACGACCGGACAUUGUAUACAAGGUACUGGCGAUGGACACAAUUUGUGAGCAAGAGCCAGAUCGCUUCAACUCCUUGAUGGUACGGCUUGUGAAGAGGAUGGAGACGGAUUGGACAGCCUUACACUGCCAAGUCUUCGAAGGUUUGUCUCAAUGCUCGGAAGCACUCCAAGUUCUCCGAAAAGCAGAGAAAAUUGGAAAGCUCGUCAUUUCCGUUCCCCCUUUGGUACAUGAUGGAACGUAUGUCCUGAGCGGCGGAACUGGUGCGCUUGGGCUCUUCGUUGGACGAGCUUUGGUGGAAGAAGGUGCACAGGAUCUGGUCCUGAUCUCACGAAGUGGCGGAAAGGAGCUGGAACUUCAGAGGUCCGCAGCCAAAGUUCAAAUCUGGCAAUGUGACCUGGCUUCGAAUGAAGCGGUUGAUGUCUUGAAAGCACAGCUGGAGCGUGCACAUAGCACACAAGCCAUCAAUGGAGUCUUUCACUUGGCUGGGCUUCUGCAAGAUGGCAUGCUUGGCCGUUUGGGACGAGCUGACCUGGAAGCAGUCUUUGGCCCGAAGGUCUAUGGACUGAAGGUCUUGAAACACGUGUUUGGUGAGAAGUUGGACUUUCUUUUGAGUUUCUCUUCCACAGCCUCCAUUUUUGGAGCUGCUGGGCAGGGGAACUAUGCAGCAGCUAAUGCAUGCAUGGAUGCUUGGAUGUACAAAUGGCGUCUUGAAGGUCUCAAUGCGACAAGUCUUCAGUGGGGCGCGUGGAUGGACAUCGGCAUGGCAGCGCAGCACGGCAGUUUCAAACACCUCUCACAGCAGGGAAUCUCUAGGGACUUAGGCAUGGCUAUGAUAGUAUCCGUGCUUCGAACGGGAUGCUCUUUUAGCUCUCUCAGCUGCGCAAAAGUGGAUUGGAAUGCUUUCCUCAAGCCAGUGGGCUUUUGGCCUCCAAAAUGCUUCUCCUACAUGCAUGUGGAAAAGGACAAUGGACAGAGAAGCCUUGAACAAACAAUGGAUGGGCAAUUCAAAGCUGUCCAGACAUUGGAAUGGGUUGUAUCUGUGGCAUUUGAUGUCAUCGGCGAGUUGGAAGCAGACGAUCCAUUGAUGUCUGCUGGCAUGGAUUCACUAUCCGCUGUGGAGUUUCGUCGUCGGCUUUCAUCUGAGAGGGACAUCAACUUGCCAAGUACUUUGGCCUUCGACUACCCAACAGCUCGAGCGAUUGCUGGAUUUGUGGACUUGCAGAGCAAGCCGAUCCAAGGUACUCAAAGUGCCUUCGAGCCUUCCACGGUUCAAAGCAUCUACUUCACUGGCACAGCUUGCCGAUUUCCUGGAAGCACAGCAAGCUCACCCCAACAAGCUUGGGAACAUGUCUUCAAGAUGCAACUUGAUGCAGUGGCCGAGAUCCCAUUGCAACGCUUCGAUGUCAACGAGUUCUUUGACAGCACAGGAUCAGGUGUUGGAUUUGUCACGUAUGCUAGGCACGCGAGUUUCAUUGACGGAGUUGACCUCUUCGACAACCGAUUCUUUGGAAUUUCCAGCAAUGAAGCAGCUGCCAUUGACCCGCAGCAACGUCACAGUUUGGAGGUCGCAUAUGCUGCGUGUCACGCUGCGGGUCGAUCUCGAAAGCAACUGAUGAAGACGUCGACGGGAGUCUUCGUCGGGCAAUGUGCGAACGACUGGGGUAAGACCUCCAAGGAGCGAAAGGCAGGGACCUUCAUGGGUCCUGGAACCCACGCCAGCAUCUCCGCGAAUCGCAUCUCGUUCUGCCUUGGGCUUGAGGGUGUUAGUGCAACAGUGGAUACGGCGUGCUCUUCAACCCUGGUUGCCUUGGAUUUAUCUUUGCAGCGUUUGGACCACCUGGAUGCUGUCAUUUGCAGUGGAGGUCAGAUCAAUUUGAUCGCCGAACCUUUUGUCGCCUUCUCGAAUGGGCGACUUCUCUCUGCAAGUGGUCGCUGUAGAACCUUCGAUGCUUCGGCAGAUGGAUUCACAAGAGGUGAAGGCUUUGGAGCCUUUUUUUUUGACCAAGGAUGGGCCGAGUGUAGUGGCCCCAGCUGGCUCCAUGGCAAAUCAGGAUGGGCGCAGCUCCUCCUUGACCGCUCCAAAUGGACCUGCGCAGCAGCGAGCGAUCACAGGGGCCUUGAAGCUGGCAGGCGCAGCUGGUACAGACAUUGCAGCGGUCGAGUGUCAUGGUACUGGAACUGCACUGGGGGAUCCCAUUGA